AUGAACCCGUGGUCGGGUGACAAACAACGGUCUGGUACGAGGAACGUGUUCGACGAAUCGCGUUUAAAAGUGAAGCGGAUUGAAAGUGCCGUGUGGCGUUUCGUAAGACGUUAUACAAAAAAGGAACCGUGGUCGGAAAUUAGUAACUAUACCAAUAUAACUUUCUAUAAUUUGAAUUUGUUUUCAUUUGUAAGCGUGGACAAAAAGAAAAAAAGAGGGUCCGAUCAGAUAGCUGCACUCAUUAAUUACAUGAGUAAUGAACCAAAAUUUGCCGCAGGAAAAUUCAAAGAUCCUCAUAAUGGAAAAAGGCAAAUGGACGUCGAGUGGGCAGAAUUAGCGGACAAUCUCAAUGAAAUGGGACCUCCUAAGACAGUAGAGCAGUGGAAAAAAUGUUGGCGUAAUGAAAAAUGUAUGGCUCGUAAAGUUAAUAGUGCUUGGAAUAAGUAUUUGAGCCAGACUGGGAAUUCAUCUUCUAAUAAACCCCCUGAACCCAAUGACCGUCAUCAACUAAUUUUAUCAAUAAUUGGUACUGAAACUUCAGUUGGUAUUGGGGUAGGAGAGAAUGGAUUUGGUGAGUGUUCAAAUACUGUGGAUGAAGGAGAAGGAGAUUUUGGUGAAGUUGUUAUGGCUGAAGAAAUUUAUGUAAAUGAAGGGAUAGAGGAUUUAGAAGAAAUAGCUGCUGACACAGUUAUUUUAAAUUAUAAAGGUAAUACGUUUGACAAUAGAGAUGAAAAUAUCACCCUUUCACAAUUAACCACUCCACUGACACCGAAAGUAAAACCAUCCAAAGGUGAUACCUAUAAAAAUCUUGUGGAAGAAACAAAUAGUACUCUAAAAACUAUGACUGAAGCUAUUCGUGAAAAUACAGAGCAGAUGGGGUCUGUUGUGCAUGCAAUCACCAGCAUGAGUGAUAACAUUGCAAAGUUAACUAACGCGCUUACAGUAAUAUCUGCACAAUUGGCUAAUAAUGCUAUUAAUAAAGGCUUAAAAGAUUAUUUUGUGUUUUAUUGGCUAACUGUUUAA